CGCACGAAAGGGAACACCAUUACAACGCACCCCGAAUCGGGCAGACAAAAAAAAGGAAUUCGCCAUUUUAAAAAGUCUAUCACUUGCUGCUGCUGGUACUACUGCUGCUGCUGCUGCUCCGAUUGCUCCCUGCAGUAUCGGAUACGGAAAGUGUCGGACGAAGGUGGAGUGUGUGUGUGAGUGGGGGUAAAGCAGAACGAACCACAGAAUUGCAUCGUCCAAUUUUCCGCUGUGCUGGUUUCCGAGCGCCUGUUCCGCAACAUGGUGUAACUGAGAAAGAUCGUCGUUCCUGUGCUCUUGCGACCCCGCCGUACACACAGCCCACCCCCCGGAUGCGGGUGUGCGUGAGUGAGUGGGAGAGGAUGCUGGAGCAAGUGCAGACAUUCGCCUAGAAUUGAGAAAGUUUGCAUCGUGGGUGAGGUGGGGAGUGGGGCCCGCCAGGGGUGGCGUUAGUGUAGUGCAGGAAGUGAAAAUCGAAAUAACAGAACCCCGCCGCCGCCGCCGCUUUGCUAGAAACUUGCUUGUGUGUGAAAGGGGCAAAGAGGGAGUGCUUUCUUCUGCUACGGUAAAAGAACCUGUUCUGCGUGUGUGUAUGUGUGUGGAGUUGUGUGCGGCUUGUUGAUGCAAUUGUGUUACACCAAACUCACAACCCCCCCCCCCCCCCCCCCACCCCAAACGUUCACGGAAAUGCAAACCACAGCCAGGGAGGUAAAAGUAAUGGUUUUGUUGCAUUUCGACACCUUUACACCUUUUACCUACCCCUCCGGUAAGGUGGUCCCCGCAGUGCUACAAAAAGCGGUUCGGCGGUAGAAAAGAAAACAACAACAAAGCAACUCAACUCUAUUACCUCACAUCCGGAAGAGACCUAGAAGGACCUUGCUACACAGGAAUACGGAGCGGUCGAAGCGCUUUGUAGCGACUCAGUGAUCGAUGGCUUAAAUCUUUAAAAAGUAAAAGCAUUACUAAGACAACGGGUGAAGAACCUUACCGCAGGGGCCUACUGUGUGAGUUGCGAAUCUCGGCAAACGCAUUGGUGCGCGUGUGUGUGUGUGUGUGUGUGUGUGUGUGUGUGUGUGUGUGUGUGUGUGUGUGUGUGUGUGUGUGUGUGUGUGUGUGUGACUCAUUUUAGAAAAGAAAGCCGCAGCAAAAAGGAGUUCACAUAAUGAAACCCACGCGAAGAGCAGAGUGGAAUCGAAAAAAAAAAUGUAGCAAGAGGAAGAGAAGCCAGUGACUUUCCCUCCGAAGAAGUCCGCCCGUUCUUCGUAGCGGCGGUCCCUGUGCGGGGGGUGAAAAUUGAAUUUUUGCCAGUGUGGUUGGGCAUCAAGUUGGGCAAGCAGCAGGCAAGAUGUGUUGCCGUGUUGCUUGUCGAUGGACGUGUUUGUGCAUCCUCUACCCGUAGUAACUGCAAUGCUCCAUUGGAACCAUUAGGAAGUAGCAAAAUUUUCCUUCGUUUUCCUACUCCUAGGGGUGGUUUUGGCGAAUUGAACGUACGCCCGUGUGUGUGUGUGUGUGUGUGUGUGGGAGCGUGCAUACAAGCGCGUGCGUCCUCGCGGCUGUGUGCGUGUUGGAAGCGUACACAGAAUUGUCAAACCUUCCGUCUUUUGACAGAGAUUUGUUGGUGUUUUGUUUCCCUCUCGUUACCCGCAUGUCUUCUGCCGCGGUGGGGUUUUGUAGUAAAACAGUGCAUAAUCAACACUAACAACAGCGCGCUUCGACUGUUGGCUCCCCCCGGGCGGGGAUGAUGGGAGGCGCGACAUGGCGGGUUACCUUGCCGGGACGGGAAACUUUCUCCAACCCCAAAACGGGCGGGCAGAACGGUGGUGUGUCCGGUCAGGGUUACACGAGUAAGCAGUUUGUUUUGUUGUGUCUCGGUGCGGAGUUUAGAAGAAAACUGUGCAACGGUGCAACGGCAAAAAGCAGAAUUAAAAAAUUGUAUGUGUGCACAGCAGGAAGUGAUUACAUGUGCAAGUGCAAUCCUCCAAGUGUGAACUAAACGCUUCCGUUAGUGAUUAAAAAGCAAAACAAAAAUAGCAGCUACAGGAACAUCUCCACCCGGGUAGACGGCACCGUCACGGUUCAGCAAAGUGGAUACUAAAAGCAACCUGGGUCUUUCCCAGGAUUUUGAAAGGAUGGUCGGGCUGACGGGUGGAUCGCAUCUCUAUGCGGCCGGCAUACCGGCGGCCGCACAGGAAAUCGUCCGCGACAUGGCAGCGAUGCCAACGGCUGCCCCGACCAGUGCGGACGCCUGCCUGAGCAUCGUCCACUCGCUGAUGUGCCACAGGCAGGGAGGCGAGAGCGAAGGCUUCUCCAAGCGCGCAAUCGAGUCGCUGGUGAAGAAGCUGAAGGAGAAGCGGGACGAGCUGGAUUCGCUCAUCACGGCCAUCACGACGAACGGCGCACAUCCGAGCAAGUGCGUCACGAUACAACGCACGCUCGAUGGUCGCUUGCAGGUCGCCGGACGCAAAGGAUUCCCACACGUGAUCUACGCCCGCAUCUGGCGCUGGCCCGAUCUGCACAAGAACGAGCUCAAGCACGUCAAGUUCUGCCAGUUUGCGUUCGAUCUGAAGUGUGACUCGGUGUGCGUUAAUCCGUACCACUACGAGCGUGUCGUGUCGCCCGGAAUCGAUCUUUCGGGGCUCACGCUGCAGUCCGGUCCGAGCCGGCUCAUCAAGGACGAGUACACACCGGGCUCGGUCGUCGGGGGCGGUAUGGACAUCGAUGGCAAUGAAAUCGGCACCAUACAGCACCAUCCCUCGAUGGUGGCGAGUGGUGCAUACGGCACCAUGUCAAUGCAUCCGCAAGUGCCCGACCCAUCACAGUUGGGCAGCUUGUAUGGAGCUAGCAGCGGUCCACGGCCGAUACCGAAGCUAGAGUCCGCCGACCCGUCCCGAAAUAGUGGCCCGAGCAGCUGGAUGAGCGGUGCCGGCAGCGUCGGUGGGCCUUCGUCCGCUGCGGCUGCCAUGCUGUCGGCCUCGUCCGGCGGCCAGCAGCAGCACGCUCGUUUGUCUUCUUCAUUACCGCUUUCAUCCGUCAUCGGUGGUCCGCCCGGGAUGGUGAACAAUGGUUUGCGAGCGCCACCGAGCUCACAGCAACAGCCACAGCAGCAACCGUCACAGCAGCCACAGCCUUCAUCACAGUCCAACGCCCAGCUUACGAACGGUGGCAGCAACGGUCUGCUGGGCAGCUCCAGCCAAGCAGGCGGAAGCGGCGGCUCCAGUGGCGGCGGAUUGCUCGGUACGGACGGGUCGCAGUACUACACCAGUGCGGCCGACCCGUCGAUGGGAAACGAUCCACAAACGGGUAUGGGCGGUCCGGCCAGCAUGUCCGGAUCGCUUUCGGCCACCUCGCCCGUCUCGCCCCAUCUGCAGCAGAACGGAUACGUAUCCGCUAGCAACGGCCAGUCGGCACAGGCCGGUGGUCCCGCCGGUGGGCAAGCGCAACCGAGCCAAUCGGCCGCCCAACAGUACCAGCCACAACAGCAGCAGCAGCAACAACAGCAACAACAGCCACAGUCGCAACAACAACAACAGCAGCAGCAACAACAACAGCAGCAGAGCGGCUCUGCGACCUGGUCCGGUUCGAAUACGCUGAACUACACGCAAUCGAUACAGCCACCGGCACACGCUAGCGGCUCGCAUCAGCAGCAAGCGUCGCAACAGCAGUCACAGUACUGGCCCCACGGUUCCGGCGGUUCGUCCAGCGCCGUUGUGGCGCCGUCUGGUGCCAGUGUCGGCAACGCGACCGGCGGACAGCUGGCCGGUGAGUUGCCCGGUCAGCAGCGGCUGCUGUCGCGCCAGCCCGCACCCGAGUACUGGUGCUCGGUGGCCUACUUUGAGCUGGACACCCAGGUGGGCGAAAUGUUUAAAGUGCCCUCUAACCGCCCGAACGUCACCAUCGAUGGGUAUGUGGAUCCGUCCGGUGGCAAUCGCUUCUGUCUCGGUGCGCUUAGCAAUGUGCACCGAACGGAACAGAGCGAAAAGGCAAGGCUACAUAUUGGGAAAGGUGUACAGCUGGAUCUGCGCGGCGAAGGGGACGUCUGGCUGCGGUGUCUCAGUGACCAUUCAGUAUUCGUACAGAGCUACUACCUCGACCGGGAGGCGGGCCGAACGCCAGGCGAUGCCGUACACAAAAUCUAUCCCGGAGCGUGCAUAAAGGUAUUUGACUUGCGACAGUGUCAUUUGCAGAUGCAAUCCCUCGCCAACUGUGCCCAGAAAGCGGCCCAGAUGCAGGCCGCUGUUGUGGCAGGCGUAUCAGCCGUUGGAGCUCCUAGAAGUCUUUCCGCGGCGGCUGGCAUCGGGGUGGACGAUUUGCGACGCCUCUGCAUCUUGCGAUUGUCGUUCGUGAAGGGUUGGGGCCCCGACUAUCCCCGACAGUCGAUCAAAGAAACGCCCUGCUGGGUCGAGGUGCAUCUGCACCGGGCCCUGCAGCUGCUGGACGAGGUGCUGCAUCAGAUGCCGAUCGAUGGGCCGCGAGCAAUCGAGUAAAACCAACCGAGCGCGCAACAGAUCGGUUUGCGGGGUCAGCGACGGACAGGACAUUGCUACACAUUGCUGUCCCCAAGGGAGGAAAAAAAAACAACAAAUGCCCUAGGCGUUAUGGCGCAGGUAAGAGGUAAAGGUAAGAUCCUAGUACCCCUUUAAUGUGACACCAGCGACAGGAAUGAUACCACCCUCGAGAUACAUACGAUGGCAAAUCGUAGAAGGGAAGGAACGUGCGUGCGUGGCUGAACCGUUGAAGGUACAAUAGACUAUGUAAAUAUAGGUGCGGACCUAGUUUUGGGUUUGCAGGAGGGCGACCGAUGGGUGACGACGGCAAUGCGUGGGUGGUUUCGUAGUGUGUACAAGUGUGAUUCUAAUAUGACAAAGAUUUAGUUUGAUAAGAUAUAGCAUGCGCGACAUGCGAAAUGCGUGUGCACUUCCGUGUGCACACCGGUACAGGAGGUGACACUCGACUAGCGGAUAGAGUAGAACGACUACAAUACCUUAGGGCGCGUGAAGGUGAUGCAGCGUUAUUGAAACCCCUUCUCAUGUAUACUAAUGUUUGGUAAAGUUGAAAACAGCUGAAAUGAUGAUAUAUGUAUGAUACAGUCAACUCGAACGAAGCGCAAAUGCAAAACUAUCUGGAGAAGUUUUCCAUCGAUUCGUAAAUAGCAACACACAACAGAGUGUAGCAAACUGGUGGAUGUGCAACUCCGGCAUAAUGACACCUGGUAUGCUCCUGCUAAUAGGAGCGCCCAGAAAGGAAAACAAAAUGGAAAUCCUAAAGACGCAUAAGGUAGAUUGCACGUUGCCUCGAAAUGCCGAUAAAAGUAACACAGUAUGUUUAAACAGCAGAACACACUGCCUCCGACCGAUGGCGCGUGAGCUGAUGAUAGGUAACAAGCAAGAAAAAACAGGAAACACAACUUUGCAAACAAAACAAUGUAACAAUUGCAUCAAGCACUAACGUUAAAUGAGCGAUAUUUACUAUCUGACAGAAACGAAAAGCAUAAUGUAGAAGGCGAAAGGACAAAACUAAAACACUACAAACGGAAACAACCUACAAAAAUGUUCUACCUCUAAUUGAAGAAGAAGGAAAAAAGUAUGUAAAACAAACAUUGAGCUCCUGUUGGUGGACAAUGCUAUCCAGAUUGAUUGAAUUUAUUGCUACCUGUCUGAGGUCAAAGGUUGAAUUAUAGAUGGGAUGUUGACAGAAAAGGGCUUUCACAGAGUGAUCCUGUGGUACCGUGUUCUAGCUCCAUUCUUCUUAACUUCUUCUCCAUGCUACGUUGAACAAAAAAGAGUGAAGAAGAUUGUGGGAUAUGAAUAAAUUCGUAAACUAGUUUUCGGCGAACAAAAAACCGAUUCUUUGUGCAAGGUUUUCAUUUUAAACGAUUUGCACAAAAAGUUGUUUGUUUUGUGUGUUUUACAUACGUUCGCCGUAGUGAUUGUUACAGGCAGAGCCUACAGCCGAAUGUUCUGCCAUUUCAAUGAGAGAAUUGUAAACAUGACCCAACCAGCUAAGAAGCAGCCCGGAAUGAGGCGAUCUCAUUAUGCAGCUCAAUAUGUCUUUUUUGUGCCAUCUAUCUUCUGUUUUGCAUGUUGCCUCUUUUUCAGUAGUUUGUUGAAGUUAUGAACUAGUUUAACUAGUUCUGUUUUAUUAUAUGUUGCUACAAACAUGCUUUCACUUUUCUGUUGAACGAUCGUAUGUUUUUUUUUUUAUAUAUAUAUUGUCCUUCAAAAUUGAAAAAAAGGUCCGGUCAACGAACUGCUUUCGUUUGUGAAUGCUAAAUCGAUUGGUGCAUUGGGAAGCAUGAUAAAAUGAAAGAAGGAAGGGAAAGGUGAUGAGAAUAGAAGGCUAACGUGUCGAGCCAAUGGAUAUGUUAAACGAAACAAAAGUAGAAAUAACAUCGUUACGAUCGUUCGGAAGCCCCUAAGUGCAAUGAAUCCAACUUUAAGAAAGGAAGAAAAAUGGUAAUAAAAUCAAACGUUGCUAAAAAUGUAACUAUUAUGGUGAAGUUGACAUACAGAACAACAAAACAGAAAACACACGUGCCCUUGACAAGUGGUAGUCAAAAAUACACAACAAACACAUAAAGAUUCUUCUUUGCAUAGCGAGCAUCAAUUAGUUUACAAACGAUAAUGGCCUGGAUGGCAAACGGAAUAGUUUCCAUAUUAUUUUGUUUCAAAGGAUCACAUUUUCUUCCAAAGAUAUACCCAGCUACUACAUGCAUGGUGAGAGCACCGCUAGCCCACUAACUUGAAAACUACUUGUGCCUUUAUCUGUUUGCCGUUUUGCCGAUCUAGUUCUGCAGUGGUAGUCGAAGAAAUGUUUACAGCAUUUUCAUGGAAUAGUUCUUUUACAAGUGUUAUUGUUUUGUUGCAAGCCACAAUUGUUGGUCGCUAUAAUUGUAACACGAUUGUAAUACACGUUUAGUUUGUCACGUUAGAGUGAAUAUUUUGUGUCGCUUUUGUUCGGCUGUGAUGGCUUUUGUUUUGAGGAGGUUAUUAGUUUCUUAUUUUGAAGCUAUUUCUGCUCACGAUCAAAUGGUUUUAACUGAAGACGUCUUGUUUGAUACAAGUUUUACGCAACUAUGAUCGAAGAAUCUACACGCUAAACACCUACCCAAACAGAAGGAGCUCAAUUCGAAAGAGAGAAGUAGCGACGUGACCUGGCACAAAAUGUAGCGGAAAAGCAGAAACGCAGAGUAAAAAAAAAACCAACCCGAUGCAUCGAUCAUCAUAAAACAUAAACGACGAUAAGCCGAUUUAGAAGAAAAAGGAAAGUCACAAAAAGUUUGCAGAUUGACGAUUGAGGAAUGAUUGAGUAUAAGAAACAAACUAUAUACUUUAUAGAUUUAUCCCUAUUACGAAGUGUAAAUGAGUUGCAUCAUUUUAUGAAUAAAAAGCAGAUCCACUAUUUUUAAGUAAAUACAAAA